ACGGGCAAGAGGCGGGGCCUAGGGGUCUUCCGGACCAGGCGCUUUCCGGCAGAGCCAUCCCCAUGGAUUUGAAUCUGGAGUUCUGGAGGAGCGAAGGCAAAACUUUUUUCCAAAGAUUUCGUCAAUGGGCAGACCUCUUGGAUCCAUUACUCUUACUUGCAUCCAAAGAGAAAAUUGACAAUUCCAGAAUACUUUUAUUGAACAAAGGAGAAAAGGCUACAGAGUCCUUACAGGACAAAAAGGUAAAAGAAGCUUGGCAACUAAGUCUGUCCUCUGUACACUCUGGCAGUGGUGAUACUAUUCCUGCUGUAUUUAGGCCAACAGCUUUCCUGCCCAUUAUUGCUCCACUGGUCAUUGCUACUUCAUUACUACACAGAGGAAAUACCCAAACAUUUAUUUCACAGUACCUUUUCCAUUCGUACAUUGGUGGGUUCACCUUGGCAAAUGGGAAUUAUUCUGAAACAGAAGCAAGCGAGAAUGCUCCCGAAAAGGCAUUUUUCUUCAAGCAGACGCUUAUCAGCGUUGGAGCCAUCACAUAUUCUGCCUGCGUGGGAACUCUUCCUCACUACUUAAUGCUGCGCUAUAAACCACAGAACCCUUCUAUACAAUUUCUCUUCAGGAAUGCGAUACCCGGUCCACUUACAGCCAUUCUGUGUGCAUUUAAUGUAACUGUAAUCAGGUCCAUGGAGUUUGAGGAUGGGAUUAAGGUAAUGGAUAGCAAAGGCAGAGUCGUCGGCGUGUCCCAGAAAGCAGGAGAAAAGGCUGUGAAAGAAACAGCAUUCUCCAGAGCACUUCUGUUUGGCACAGCAUUAUUUAUUCCGGACAUCAUGUUGCAUUUUCUGAAACGCACAAGCACUGCACUUCGGAAUCCAUUUGUUUGGACACCAUUGAGAUCUAUUAUGAUGGUUUCAGUCCUGGGAGCAAUGGUACCUGUUUCAUUUAGUUUGGUGCCACAAGUGGGCAAGAUACAAAGAAACGAACUUGAGCCAGAAAUAAUCUCUGCCACUGAAGAAACAGAAUUCUUUUACAACAGGGGAGUGUAAUGAUUUGGGGAUUUGAUAACUUAUUAUGGGCAAUAGUCAGCAUCUAAAUGAAUCAUCCUUCUUUUUGAUUGUAUCUGGAUGCAAAAGCGCAUGUAAAUUACAGCUAAAUCAUGUUGAAUUUUUGUUCUAUCACUGCUGCCUCUCAAAAUAAACAAGAUUUCAUUUUA